AUGCCGCCGACACCCCUCUCCCUCGGCUCGGCGGACGGCCUCUCCCUCGGGUUGCCAGAUUUGCCCGAUGACGUGAAGUCUGCUCAUAUGGCUUCCAUCUGCACCGAUGCGCAGGAACUUGGUGCCAUCUCCUGGUUCCUCCUUGCACAGGAGACAGCGCCUUACGCGUGCUUUAGCCACCUCCUGUACUUGAUCGAGCACGGGGAGAGGGUCGACGCAAACGACUCCGCCCUGGCUGGCCUGUCGUCGGUCUGUGCCUCCAUUUACGCACAGGAUGGCGUCCUGCUGUAUUGUGACCGUGUUGUGGUCCCUCCAUCCCUCCGGGACAGGGUCCUUUGGAACCUCCAUGCAGCCCACCAGGGUAUAUCGGCGAUGGAGCAGUGUGCCCGUGCCAUUGUAUAUUGGCCUGGGAUGUCAGAGGGUAUACGGGCCACCAGGUACGGGUGCGCGGACUGCAACUGCAAUGCACCGUCGCAGGCAGCUACCCCUCCUACACCGUCGUCUACACCGUCGUCGCCACCGUCCACCCCAUUCGAGGCGGUGUUCGCCGACUACUUCGACUAUGGGGGCUGCCACUAUCUGGUUGUCGGGGAUCGUCUCUUGGGCUGGGUGGAGGUCCUGUGCUCCUCAGCGGGCACUGACAUGGGGGGGUCGGCUGGUCUGAUUCGCCACCUCCGUUCAUUCUUUGGCUCCUUUGGCGUUCCGGUGGAGCUGUCCAGUGAUGGCGGCCCGGAGUUCGUGGCGGCCCAGACACAGGACUUCCUCCGCUUAUGGGACAUCCGACAUCGGGUGUCCUCAGUCGCUUUCCCGCAGUCGAACGGGAGGGUGGAGGUGGCGGUGAAGACUGCUAAACGCCUACUGAUGUCCAACACCGGCCCGUCUGGCAGUCUUGAUCAUGAUCGCUUCUUACGCGCCAUGAUACAAUUGCGCAACACUCCCGACCCUGAUUGUGAUCUCUCACCGGCUCAGAUCAUUUAUGGUCGCCCCCUUCGAGGCUCGCUUUCCUUCGUCAACAGGCUCGAGAAAUUCUCUGACUCUCGUGUUCGUCCGCUCUGGCGGCAGGCGUGGGCGGCGAAGGAAGAUGCCCUCCGGACUCGGAUGUCCCAUACAACUGAAUCGCUGAGGGCUCAUUCGAGGUCACUUCGCCCGUUGGCGCUUGGUGCUAGGGUGUUCCUCCAGAAUCAGCAGGGCCCUAGCCCUACCAAGUGGGACCGGUCCAGUGUUGUGGUGGAGUCUCUCAGUCACGAUCAGUAUCGGGUCAAGGUGAUGGCUCCGGACGCUUGACUCUGUGCAACCAGCGGUUUCUCCGUGGCUACACGCCAGCCACCCCCUGCGCUCCGCCGCAACCUGCGGUGCCGUUGCGACCGCCUGUUCCCCCGGGAUGCCCCCCUCCGCUUCCGCCUGCCCACCCAGGCCCGGUUGCGCCCCAGGGGCUCAUUCAGGAGUCGGAGGUCGGGCCCCACUGAUGUAGGUCUGGGCCCCUCCUGCCCGUCGCCAUGUGAUUGUGCAGCCCUCGUCCGCGGGUCCCCGGUUGACCCGCGGACGACCUGCCCCCCCGACCUCGUCCCUGCGUCGCCGCCCCUGGUGUCGCGGUUGUCGCCGCCCCUGGUGCCGCGAUCAUGGCCGCCCUCCGUGCCGCGGCCGUCGCCGCCUCCGUCCCCGCCAGGGCGGCCGUGUCACGCUAGGAGGCCGCCUAUGCAUAAUGAGCCGGAGAGUGGCCGCUGGGAACUGGGCUGA